ACACACACUCAGUCAGUCAGUCAGUGCUCAGGAACACAGCAGCAGUGUAUUCCUGCUCUCAGACACCUCACCAUACACUCACCUCGCCUGACAGCAGCAGCAGCAGCAGACAUGGUGCUUCACCAUAAAGAGUUCGCCAAUGCUGGCAAAGCAGCGGGCUUACAGAUUUGGAGGAUCGAGAAUCUGGAGCUGGUCCCUGUGCCAGAGAGCUUUCACGGGAGCUUUUACACUGGAGAUGCUUACGUGAUUCUUUUCACUGUCAAACAGAAGGAAAGCUUUUUCUACCACUUACACUACUGGCUGGGAAAUGAGUGCAGCCAGGACGAGAGCACCGCUGCAGCCAUCUUUACUGUGCAGCUGGAUGACUACCUGGGUGGAAAGCCGGUCCAGUACAGAGAACUGCAGGGGGUCGAGUCAACAGCCUUCACCAGCUACUUCAAGGGAGGAAUUACUUACAAAACAGGAGGUGUGGCCUCGGGUUUCCACCAUGUGGUCACCAAUGACCUUUCAGCACAGAGACUGCUCCACAUCAAGGGCCGGCGGGUUGUCAGGGCCACCCAGGUCCCUUUCAGCUGGUCCAGCUUCAACAGCGGAGACUGCUUCAUCGUUGACCUUGGAGAUAUGAUCUAUCAGUGGUGUGGGAGCAAGUGUAACAAGUUUGAGAGACUGAAGGCAGCACAAGUGGCCAGAGGUAUCCGUGACAACGAGAGAAAUGCUCGCGCUGAACUGGUGGUUGUAGAGGAAGGAAGUGAACCAUGCAGGUUAACUGACGUUCUUGGAGUGAAGCCGGACUUAUCAGAGGGACAUGAUGAUGAUGAUAUGGAAGCAGACAUUUCAAAUAGGAAAAUGGCCAAGCUAUAUAUGGUGUCUGAUGCUUCAGGAUCCAUGAAAGUGACCAUUGUGAAAGAGGAAAACCCAUUCGUUCAAACUGAUUUGCUCUCGGAUGAGUGCUUCAUCCUGGAUCACGGCAAAAACAACAUGAUAUUCGUAUGGAAAGGACAUAAAGCCAACCCCAGUGAAAGAAAGGAGGCCAUGAAAACUGCUGAGGGAUUCAUCAAACAGAUGGGAUACCAUGAAAAAACACAGAUCCAGGUGCUGCCAGAGGGAGGAGAGACUCCCAUGUUCAAGCAGUUCUUCCUGGGCUGGAAGGACAAAGACCAGAGUGAGGGAUUCGGGAAGGUGUUUGUCACUGAGAGUAUUGCCAGAAUCCAGCAGGUGAAGUUUGAUGCCUCCAAGCUCCAUGAGUCCAGCCACAUGGCAGCCCAGUACAACAUGGUGGAUGAUGGUAGUGGAGACACACAGAUCUGGAGGGUGGAAAGCUGUGGCAGAGUUCCUAUUGACCCAAAGAACUACGGUCAGUUCUACGGAGGGGACUGUUACAUCAUCCUCUACACUUACGGGAGGAGGCAGAUCAUUUACACCUGGCAAGGGGCCAGCUGUUCUUUGGAUGAGCUAACAGCCUCAGCUUUCCUGACUGUAGAACUGGAUCGUUCACUAGGAGGGAAUGCAGUUCAGGUCAGAGUGUGCCAGGGUAAAGAAACCCCACAUCUGUUGAGUCUCUUCAAAUCUAAACCUCUCAUUGUAUAUAAGAGUGGUACAUCCCGCUGUGGAAGUCAGCCCCCCCCACCUCCAACCAGACUCUUUCAGGUCCGACGGAACCUGGGCCCCAUCACCAGGAUAGCUGAGGUUGAUGCCAGUUCAGCCUGUCUGAACUCUAAUGAUGCUUUCCUGCUGAAGAUGGCUGAUGGGAGGGGCUAUCUGUGGAUUGGCAAAGGGGCCAGUGAGGAAGAACAAAAAGGAGCUGAGUACAUGAGUAAAGAGUUGAACUGCAACAGCAAACUCAUCAUGGAAGGAAAUGAAUCAGCUGACUUCUGGGAAGCAUUAGGGGGGAAGACAGAGUACCAGACCUCGGAAAGACUGGAGAGUCAAACCAUGACUCAUCCCAUUCGUCUGUUUGGAUGUUCCAAUAAGACUGGCAGGUUCAUAAUUGAGGAGGUUCCAGGAGAGUUCACACAGGACGACCUGGCUGAAGAUGAUGUGAUGCUGCUGGAUGUGUGGGAUCAGGUGUUUGUCUGGAUUGGAAAGGAUGCCAACGAGGUGGAGAGGACCGAAUCCGUCAAAUCUGCCAAACAAUACAUAGAGACUGACCCGAGUGGUCGGGACAAGGAGACUCCUGUGGUGGUGGUGAAACAGGGCCAUGAACCCCCCACCUUCACAGGCUGGUUCCUGGCCUGGGACCCCUCCCACUGGGACACUGUCACCAGGAGCAUGAAGGCCAUGCAUAUUUAGACUGAGGUUAUACAGAUGUAUUCCUGGUUGAGGAAAAACUGAAGUCUCAAGCUCAUUUAUAUAAUCAGCGUUGUUAGGAACUGCAAGUUUAUUUCCCUUCGCCUACAUGAAGAGACAAGAGGUUAUGGUUCAGUACAGUGUUGGUAGUACUCCCCUUUUACAGAUGGAGGCAUGGGCAGAGGCCUGUUUACCAUAUUUCUUUUGAAUAGUCUUCAGUCCAGGUUGAAGUGAAAAGAAUGAUGAAGUACAUGUUUUGCUAAUCAUUGUUUGAUAUAGUCAUGCUACUUUGAUUUCCUAAUAUUUAACAUAGUUUAAAUGCUGGAUGUAUAAUUCGUUUGGGCAAGAUAUCAAUGUUUGCUUCUUUUUUGUUUGAGACAUCAGUCUCAUUAUUCUAAAUAAAUAAACUGAUGGUGGUUUGUGGUUCCAGUUAGACCUUACUACCUUUUAAGUGUGACUUAAUAAAUAAAUUCAAUAUCCUUUACA